GUGAUGCCAUUUCCGGUCCUCCAAUAUCAUCAAAAAAUACUACAAAUUCACUUUCAAUGCCUAUAUCAUAUAAAGACUCCUCUUCCAAAGACAUUUUAUUAUCAUUUAGUUCACAUAGAUCUUCAACAAAUAUAUUAUUAUCAUCAGAAAAAUUUAAAGAAAAUGGCAUUGAUGCUUGA